UAGGGGCAGCCUGAGAGCAGGUGAGAAUCUGGUGACCCCCCCUCCCAGGUGCAUGGAGCACGGAGCCAGGGCUGAGCCUUAGCCCUUGUGCCAGGGGGGCAGCGAAGGAGAGAGCCAGCGUGCCCAGCACCAUGUUCCAGCCAGCAGGCAAGCGCUGCUUCACCAUUGAGUCCUUAGUGGCCAAGGACACCCAGCAACACCUGAGCCCCGAGGAGCCCCUCCGACCCACCGCCCUGCCCUACCCCGGCACCGAAGCCUUUGUCAGUGGCUUCCCCAACCCGGCCGGCAGGUCCCUCUACCCCAACCCUGAACUGGUCUUCCCGGAGGCUGUCAGCCACCCUUCCCUGACUGUGCACCCCCACCAGCAUCUACAGCACCCCCACUCCUUCUUCGGAGCCCAGCACAGGGACCCCCUCAACUUCUACCCCUGGGUGCUGAGGAACAGGUUCUUCGGGCACAGGUUCCAAGGCAGUGAUGUGUCUCAGGAGAGCCUUCUUCUACAUGGACCCUUCGCCAGGAAGCCUAAGAGAAUCAGAACAGCCUUUUCUCCCUCACAGUUGCUGCGGCUAGAGAGGGCUUUUGAGAAGAACCAUUAUGUGGUGGGGGCAGAGCGCAAACAGCUGGCCAGUAGCCUCAGCUUGUCGGAAACACAGGUGAAGGUCUGGUUCCAGAACAGAAGAACCAAGUACAAGAGACAGAAGCUGGAGGAGGAAGGACCAGACUCCGAUCAAAAGAAGAAAGGGUCUCACCACAUCAACAGAUGGAGAAUGGCCACCAAGCAACCCAAUGGGGAAGACAUUGAUGUCACAUCCAAUGACUAAGUGGGUGGAUUCUUCGUACCCCAAACCAACCACAGACUUUCACUACAUUGCAGCUGGAAGAAAACAAAAAAAAAACUGACUGAACGGGAAUGACCUGGAACAAAUAAUAUGGAUUCUCACCACAAAGGUGUUGAGACGCGGUCCCGAGGUAGACCAGUGUUAUGGAGGAAGUCAUGCACUUGUCACACAAAAUGGGGGCCAGGCCAAGCUGAUAUCACUAUGGACUUUUAUCAGCUGCCAAACGACCCGAUAUUGACAAUAUGGUUGUGAAACAAACAAAAAAAAAA